GUCACUUGUCUGCAGCCCGUGCAUAUCGGACUCGCCGGGCUCGCGGCAGCUUUCACAUUUCUGACAUGCCAGUAGGAAUAUAAGGGGAAUACACGCGCAGAGGGUGAAUAUUUGACUGUGCGCAAGGGAGGCGUGGAGCCCGACACAGGGCUGUAGCAUGGGGUGAUGAGGACUCUCCUUUGCUAAUCUCAAUGCAGAUGACUAGUGAUGGCCACAGCAUCACCUCAACAUUUGUUGGAUGAUAUAAAAAACUCUGAACAACAGCCAGGCCAACAGGAGCAGCAGGAAUUCUUGAGCUCCCUGGAGACCAUCGCUCUCACCAUCUUUCUCUCGCUCAUCAUUAUCAUGACAGUUUUUGGCAACCUGUUGGUCAUGGUGGCGCUCUGCAAGGACCGACACUUGCGAAAGAAAAAGACAAACUACUUUAUUGUCUCGCUGGCGUUUGCUGACUUGCUGGUUGCUCUGGUCGUGAUGCCCUUUGCUGCCAUCGAACUGACUACUGGCCAGUGGCGCUAUGGAGAGAUUUUCUGCCUGGUGCGAACAUCUCUGGACGUCCUGUUGACCACAGCAUCCAUCCUGCACCUCUGCUGCAUUGCACUGGAUAGGUAUUAUGCCAUCUGCUGCCAGCCAUUGGUGUAUAGACACAAGAUGACCCCGAUGAGAGUGGCAGUCAUGCUCAGUGGCUGUUGGCUCAUUCCCACAUUUAUCUCCUUUCUACCCAUCAUGCAAAGCUGGAACGCCAUCGGGAUCGAGGAUAUUAUUGAAGAGCGGCGAGCCUUGGCGGGAGGCUCGAACGACACAAGUUGUGUGUUUCUGGUUAACCGGCCGUACGCCCUAAUCUGCUCUGCAGUGGCCUUCUACGUGCCGCUGGGUCUCAUGGUCUUAGCCUACCAGCGUAUCUAUGUUACUGCCAUGACCCACGUGCGGCAGAUAGAGACACUUCAACGUGCCGGCUCUGCUCCGGUCACCGGCACAAUUCCAGUCAUCACCGUGAGGACAUCCACUUCCUCAGAUCCUUUGGAGCAUUACCGCCUUAGGACACCAACAGGUUCCUCCUCCUCAGAGCAGGCUCCUGUAGGUCACAGCCGCAUGCGCAUUGAGACCAAGGCAGCAAAGACGUUGGCGGUUAUAAUGGGUUGUUUCUGCCUGUGCUGGGCUCCAUUCUUUAUCACCAACAUAGUGGACCCUUUCAUCCACUACUCGGUACCCUGGCAGCUGUGGACAGCCUGGUUGUGGCUUGGGUACAUUAACUCAGGGCUAAACCCUUUCCUGUACGCCUUCCUAAACCGGGCUUUUCGGAGGGCGUUUCUGGUCAUUCUGUGCUGCGGGGAUGAGCGGUACGCACGGCAGGGGAGCUGCUCCUAUGGACCAACCCACAGAGCAUGCUCAGCUGCAUCAGUCAAUGGGACAUCCAUGGCACUGAGAUUGUCCUUCCUGCCAAACCGGAGCUACAGCGACAAUGGACGGACAAUUCUGGCCAAUGAGCAGGAAUCCCAGGACUCUCUUGGACCUCUAUGA